AACGCGCAUACUACGCAUGUGCAAUCGAGAAAGGCAGGUGGAAGAAAUGGACUCCUCUGAAAGACACAGGAUUUGCGCAUGCGUUUUACGGCUAGUUGAAGCCGAACUCCGGAGCCCAGGACGCCGUCUGCACAUGCGCAGGAGGCUCAAUGACAGUCGAGCGUUGGCUAAGGCUCGGGGGAAAGGGUCUGGCCAUGCUGCAUGUGACCCGAGGGGUCUGGGGGUCCAGGGUCCGAGUGUGGCCACAGUUGUCAGCUCUCCUCGGGACCCCUCGGGCGCUGUCAUCCCUGGCGGAAAAGAUGGGGGUGUACCGCAAGAUGUGGAACCCCACAGAGCCCCGCGACUGGGCCCAGCAGUACCGAGAGCGCUUCAUUCCGUUCUCCAAGGAGCAGCUGCUCCGCCUCCUGAUACAGGAAUUCCACUCCAGUCCAGCAGAGAAGGCGGCCUUGGAGGAGUUCUCCGCCCACGUGGAUUUCUGCACACUGUUCCACUACCACCACGUCCUGGCCCAGCUGCAGGCUCUGUAUGACCCCAUCAACCCUGACAGGGAGACCCUGGACCAGCUGUCACUCACCGACACCCAGCGUCGGUCCAACGAGCAGGAGGUGCUGCGGGCCCUGGAGCCGCUGUUGGCGCAGGCCAACUUCUCCCUGCUGUCGGAGGACGCCCUGGCCUAUGCACUGGUGGUCCAUCACCCUCAGGAUGAGGUCCAGGUGACAAUAAAUUUGGAUCAGUACAUCUACAUGCAUUUCUGGGCCCUGGGCCAAAGAGUGGGGCAGAUGCCCCGCUUGUCCAGCGUGGGCUCCAGGCGAGGCUUCUUCACCAAGCAGCCCCCUGCAGAGAGGCGGUACUUCAAGCGGGUGGUGCUGGCAGCCAGGACCAAGCGGGGCCACCUGGUGCUGAAGAGCUUCAAGGACACCCCGCUGGAGGGCCUGGAGCAGCUGCUGCCCGAGCUCAAGGUGCGCACGCCCACGCUGCAGCGCGCCGCGCUCAACCUCACGCUGGCCGUGUCCGGCCUGGUGUUCUUCGUCAACGUGGGCAUGGUGGUGCUGUCCGACCUCAAGGUGGCCACGUCGCUGCUGCUACUGCUCUUCGCCAUCUUCAUGGGCCUGCGGGCCUCCAAGAUGUUCGGGCAGCGGCGCAGCGUGCAGGCGCUGGAGCUGGCGCACAUGCUGUACUACCGCAGCACGUCCAACAACUCGGAGCUGCUCAGCGCCCUGGCACUGCGCGCGCAGGACGAGCACGCCAAGGAGGCGCUGUUGGCUCACAGCUUCCUGGCCCGGCGGCCAGCCUCACACCUGCCUUUCUCCGCAGAGACCUCCCGAUGGCUGCAGUCGGAAGUGGAGAGCUGGCUCCGGGCCCAGUCUGGCUGUGACGUGGCCUUCGACGGAUCUCGGGCCCUGGCCCACCUGCAAGCCCUGACCCCCAGCAUGGGCCUCUACCCUCCCCCGGGCUUCCCCCAGCUGGACCCUUUGUCCCCAGGCAUUGCUGAGGUCCCCCGGGCCGCUCCCAGGGGUAGCGACCCCUGAUUGCCUCGAGCUGCCUGCAUGGGGGGGGCCUACCUGCCACCGGCCAGGGGCCAAGCUCCGCCCCCUCCACGGUGGGCUGUCAGUCACGACUACUAGGCUUUGUCGCUCUCCAACUCCCAGUUACUGACAGGUUAUUACUUUGGCUAUGCUGUAUACUUAAAGCAGUCAGUCCAAGACAGUUGCUAGGCAUCCUCCCUUCUGGUGGAACAGCCGGUCAAGGCACCUCCGUUCGGCUGCUGUUCCAUUUCUUUUUUUUUCUUUUUUUGAUAUUUUGAGACAGGGUCUCACUAUGUAGUUGAGACUG